AUGGAAAAAAAUAUACCAGUCGAGGAAGAAGUCCGGAUACUAGAUCAAGUUCGAGAAAUAUUCAUCGAAGGUAACAAUCGAUUUGAAGACGAUGAUUUUAUCGAACUCCUAAUUAAAACGUGGCUUUCCGAUAAAAAUACAACGCCCCAAAAUAUAUUCAGCUUGGUAGAAAAACGACAAGAUCAAAGUAAAUACUGGACAUUGUUGGCAUUCUUUAACUUGCGCGGAUUUGGAACACCAUGUAACAACGACAACGCAUUUCAAUGGUACAAAAAAUCCGCUGAAAUUGGCGAUUCAUUAGGUCAACAAGAAAUCGGAAUCAUGUAUCUACAAGGCAUUGGCACUAACCAGAAUCUAAAAGAAGCAGACAAAUGGAUCUCGAAAGCCGCUGGUAAAUAUUUACGAGGAGAGAGUGUCGAGAUGGAUAAAUCGCGCGCAAUGGACCUUUAUUAUGAAGCAUAUGCGGCUAUCAGAUGUAUUUCUACUUUAGUUUCUUCACCUUCACAAACUCCGACUUCAGCUUCAUCUCCGCGGAGUUCUGCUGCAUCUUUAUCUUCACAAAGGACAAUUUCGGCAUUGUCUCCACAAAGGAAAGAAUGUAUCGUAUGUACAGAGAGUUUUGAUAUGACACAAUUAAUUCAAAUUUCGAUCAAUUGUCAGCAUGAGAACAAUAUCUGUCAAGAAUGUAUUGCGAGACAUAUUGAACACGAGUUGCAAGAUAAGGGAAACACUGAAAUUAGAUGCAUAGAUGAAAAUUGCAGAAAUCUAAUGACUGAAGAUUAUGUCAAAAAAUUAUCCAGUGAAACGAUCUUCGAACGAUAUCAGCAAUUGUUACUCGUGUCAACACUUUCACAAAUAGAAGAUUUCUAUUGGUGCUUAAAUCCAAAUUGUCAUUCGGGUCAGAUUCAUUAUGAAGGAGAUGCAGCACCAAUAAUGACGUGUCAAUCCUGCUCAAAAAAAACAUGUGUUCUGCAUUCACUUCCAAUUCCAGAUGGCUCACUAAACUGUCAACAAUGCAUCAAUAUAUCCAAAACAUUUGAUAAUGAGGAAGUCAUUGCACAAGAACCUACAGCUCCACAACACAUCAACCUUCUAUCCACUAAAAUAAAAUUAACGUCUAAUGGAUCAAAAGAAAAAAGAAAUGAAACUUGUACUGUUGAAAAUUAUCUAGCUAAACAAAUGCUAAAACAAAUGCAACAACAAGAGCUAAAGAGACAAGAAGAUUUGCAGAAAGAAAGAAAUCGACAAAUGGAAGAAAAAUCAAACGCUUAUAUUGAUUCUAUGACAAAAAAGUGUCCGAAAUGUAAUGUUAAUAUUGAGAAGAAUGAUGGAUGUGAUCAUAUGAAGUGUCGAUGUGAAUAUGAGUUUUGUUGGCUUUGUUUCGCUAAUUAUGAUGCUAUUCGUAAAAAUGGAAAUGCUUAUCACAAGCGAAAUUGCAAAUAUUAUGCUUAA